CCUCCCACACCUCCCCUCUUGGCUGGCCCUGGGCACCGCGGCUGGGUGGUGUUUCUUCGGCCAGCCAAUCUUCCGAGCUUCCCGAGGCGCUGGCGGCGGCUGGGCUCGGCGGACAGCAACUGGCAGUGGCUGGCCUCCCAGGUAGCCGCAGAGAUGUCAGCAUAUUUAUAGGAAUUGCCUGAAGUCAGAGUCAUGGUGGAUGUAGGGAAGUGGCCAAUCUUCACUCUGCUCUCACCUCAAGAAAUUGCAUCUAUUCGGAAAGCAUGUGUCUUUGGCACCUCAGCCAGUGAAGCACUGUAUGUUACUGACAAUGAUGAGGUCUUUGUGUUUGGACUGAACUAUAGUAACUGUCUAGGAACUGGAGAUAACCAGAGUACACUUAUCCCCAAAAAGCUAGAAGCCUUAUGUGGAAAGAAGAUUAAAAGCCUUAGUUAUGGCAGUGGACCACAUGUUCUUCUCAGCACUGAAGAUGGAGUUGUUUAUGCCUGGGGCCACAAUGGAUAUAGCCAGCUUGGGAAUGGGACAACCAACCAAGGCAUUGCUCCCAUUCAAGUCUGUACCAAUCUCUUGAUCAAGCAAGUGGUUGAAGUAGCUUGUGGCUCACAUCAUUCAGUGGCUCUGGCAGCUGAUGGAGAGGUAUUUGCUUGGGGCUAUAACAACUGUGGCCAGGUGGGAUCUGGAUCCACAGCAAAUCAACCAACUCCUCGCAAAGUUACAAACUGUUUACAUAUUAAGAGGGUAGUAGGCAUUGCCUGUGGUCAGACCUCAUCCAUGGCUGUUCUGGACAAUGGUGAGGUAUAUGGCUGGGGUUACAAUGGCAAUGGUCAGCUGGGCUUGGGAAACAAUGUCAAUCAGCUGACCCCUGUGAGAGUAGCAGCUUUGCACAGUGUGUGUGUGAACCAGAUUGUCUGCGGCUAUGCACACACUCUAGCACUAACAGAUGAGGGCUUGCUCUAUGCCUGGGGAGCUAAUACGUAUGGGCAGCUGGGAACUGGCAAUAAAAAUAACCUGCUAAGCCCAGCACACAUCAUGGUGGAGAAAGAAAGGGUAGUAGAAAUUGCAGCCUGCCACUCUGCCCACACAUCUGCUGCCAAGACUCAGGGUGGGCAUGUGUACAUGUGGGGCCAGUGCCGGGGCCAGUCAGUGAUCCUGCCUCACCUUACCCACCUCUCCUGCACGGAUGACGUGUUUGCCUGCUUUGCCACUCCCGCCGUCUCCUGGCGCCUUCUGUCUGUAGAGCAUGAAGAUUUUUUAACAGUUGCAGAGUCCCUGAAGAAAGAAUUUGACAGUCCAGAAACAGCUGAUCUAAAGUUUCGAAUUGAUGGGAAAUAUAUCCAUGUCCAUAAAGCUGUUUUGAAAAUCAGGUGUGAGCACUUUCGAUCCAUGUUCCAGUCUUAUUGGAAUGAAGAUAUGAAAGAAGUGAUAGAAAUAGACCAGUUUUCUUACCCAGUGUAUCGUGCCUUUCUCCAAUUCCUCUACACAGACACAGUUGACCUUCCGCCUGAAGAUGCUAUAGGUACUUCAGCCACAUUGGGAGUGGCCAAAUCACAUGGCCAGAAAUAUAUCUCCUCCUCUUCUUAUGGCCUUUUGGAUUUGGCGACGUCUUACUGUGAAAACAGACUGAAAAAACUUUGUCAGCGCAUUAUCAAGCGAGGAAUCACCGUGGAGAAUGCCUUUUCAUUAUUCUCUGCUGCAGUCAGAUAUGAUGCAGAGGAUUUAGAAGAAUUCUGCUUUAAGUUUUGCAUCAAUCAUUUGACAGAAGUUACACAGACUGCAGCAUUUUGGCAAAUGGAUGGCCCUCUGCUAAAGGAAUUCAUUGCUAAAGCCAGUAAAUGUGGAGCCUUUAAGAACUGAAGCCAAGGCUGCUGGGUUUUGUGUGAGUCCUCUGGGACAUUGGUGAUGGUGUGUCCUUUGUGCUCCACUGGUGAUAUAAUUCUGCAGGUAAAAAACCAUCAGGUUGUGUUUUUUAUCUGAGACAUAGUUCUCUGUGUAGGCAUAUAUGAAGGAUGUAUGGCUUUUCCUGAACCUACUUUAAACAACUCUUGUUUCUAGAUAUGUAUAUUUUAAAUGUGACUAUAGGUUUGACUGGAACAUUGUAAAAGGCUGAAAGUUUAGCUUGUUAUUUCUUUGUUUUUUAUUAGGGGAAUUUCUGAUCUUGGAAAGGGGAAGUUUGUGGCAAUUCUCCUAUAGGGCUCAUGUAUCAACAAUCCUUUUGACAUUAGGAGUUGGAAUAGUUUGUGAAUUGUGAGGUAGACAUAGAGGCCCCACCAUGAAUUAUAGAUGCUGACGUUGGGGCUUGUUGAAGUGUUUAAUUAGUUGCUAGUUCAACUGCCUUACUGUGAAGGAAUAGUUGAGAUCUUUUGAGGCUUUUGUUUCUGUGUUUGCCCUAUUGAUGGACUUUUUCUUAAUGGUGUAUGAAAAUAAUAGUUUAAUGUGAGAUAAGUCUAUUGAAAUAAUAAUUAUGUAAAGAAAUUUCUAGGUUAGCCAAGAUUUCCCUUAAGACUUAAGCACAUAAAGAGUAGUAAUUUAAAACUGUAAAAAGUUGAUAAUGAGAGAAACUUUGGACAAGGAUAAAUAUUUUAUAAAAUUAGAAUUCCACUGUUAUUUAAUGAUGUUUUAUUUCUAUUAAAACUUGAGAACUCAAGCUUAAAUUGCCCCUCAGUCCUGGCUGGUGUGGCUCAGUGGAUUGAGUGCCAGCCUGUGAGCCAAAGGGUCGCUGGUUCGAUUCCCAGUCAGGGCACAUGCCUGGAUUGCAGGCCAGGUCCCCAGUAGGGGGCAUGCGAGAAGCAACCACACAUUGACGUUUCCCUCUUUCUCCUUCACUUUCUCUAAAAAUAAAUAAAUAAAUCUUUUAAAAAUUUUCCCCUUACCUACACCUUUCCCUUGUAAAUGCAAAACAUAAGAGGAAAAAUAAUGACAUUCAAUAUAUUCUUGCCUUCCUAAAUUGUGGCUGUUAAAUCAUCAGGUCUGCUACAUCUGACUUAAAGUAGAGGUUCUUAAAACCAGCUCUCUUGCAGGACUUGAUGGAAUUUGUUUUAUGAUUUAUCUAGGCCAAAUCCAUCACUAGUUUGCUUAUUUGAAACUUUGCUAGCUUUAACUU